GAGAAACUUGUUUAAACAGUACGUAAAUACUAGAGACAAAGAUUUUGCUUUAAUCUUAUAAGAAAAAUGAAGAAGAGGAGUUUGUUUCCAAUAAUACUCUGUUUUGUCCUCAUAAGCUUUGGUGGUGGUUAUUCAGUUUCAGCACAAACAUGUUUGAAUAAUGGGAAUUUCAGAUCCAACGGCACUUACGACGCAAAUCGCAGACUCAUCCUCUCCUCUCUUCCUUUCAACGUCACAGAUCAAGAUGGCUUCUUCUACAAUGGUUCGAUCGGUCAAGAACCGAACCGUGUCUAUGCAAGAAGGAUGUGCAUCCCAGGAUCAACUUCGGAGGACUGUUCUAAUUGUAUCAAGAACGUAUCUGAUGGUUUGAUACAGAGUUGUCCUAACCAAACAGAAGCAUAUUGGUGGCGAGGUGAGCCCACGCUUUGCCUUGUCCAUUACUCCAACACAUCUAUCUCCAGUUCAGCAAAUCUGAACCCGCGUGUAGUUCUCACAAACACAGGAGAUCUAACCUCAAAUCUAAUAAAUUUCACGAAAAAAUGGGAAGACUUAGUUGUUCGUAUGAUUGAUGUAGCCUCCACAACCAAAAACACGCCGUCCUCUAGUAAUAACUAUUAUACAGCAAAUAGUGCAGCCUUAGAAACUUUCCAGGAUAUAUAUGCGUUGAUGCAGUGCACACCGGAUCUUUCAUCUGGUGAUUGUGAACAUUGUCUGAGACAGAGUGCAGGAGACUACCAGUCAUGCUGUGGUCAGAAGCAAGGAGGCGUUGUGGCUUCUUCUCCUCCUCCUCCUGUGAAUGUGCCACAAGCUGCAGGCGAUGGGGAUGAUAACAAGACCGUCAAUGCAAAAAAUAGCAACGGAAUUUCAGCUGGAAUUGUCGCGGCGAUUACCAUUCCGAUUAUUGUGACCAUCUUAAUAGUGCUUGUUCUAGGUUUCGUUCUAUCCCGGAGGAGAAAAGCAUACCAAAGAACUGAGAUUGAAUCUGAUAGUGGUAUUUCAACUGAGAAUUCAUCACAAUACGAUUUUAAAACAAUUGAAGCUGCAACAAAUAAGUUUUCAAGCACUAAUAAGCUCGGGGAAGGUGGAUUCGGUGAGGUUUACAAGGGUAAGUUACCAAAUGGAACUGAAGUAGCUGUGAAGCGGCUGUCGAAAAAUUCAGGACAGGGCACAAGAGAGUUCAGGAACGAGGCUGUUCUUGUGUCAAAACUUCAACAUAGGAACCUGGUUAGGCUUCUUGGAUUCUGUAUGGACGGAGAAGAAAAGAUUCUCAUAUAUGAGUUUGUUCCCAACAAAAGCCUUGACUAUUUCUUAUUCGACCUUGAAAAGCAAAGUCAGCUAGACUGGACCCGGCGUUACAAGAUCAUUGGAGGGAUUGCUAGAGGGAUUUUAUAUCUUCAUCAAGAUUCACAGCUAACAAUCAUUCAUCGUGACCUCAAAGCCAGCAACAUUCUCUUAGAUGUCAACAUGAACCCAAAAAAUUCAGAUUUUGGAUUGUCGACCAUCUUUGGAAUGGAGCAAACUCAAGGCAAUACCCACAGAGUAGCUGGAACCUAUGCUUACAUGUCUCCUGAGUAUGCAAUGCAUGGUCAAUACUCUAUGAAAUCUGACAUUUACAGCUUUGGAGUAUUAGUUCUGGAGAUUAUAAGCGGCAAGAAAAAUAGUGGCGUUUACAAGAUGGAUGAAACCAGUACUUGUGGAAAUUUGGUCACUUACGCUUGGAGGCUUUGGAGGAAGGGGUCACCACUAGAGCUGGUGAGUCCUGCAAUUGGAAGCAACUAUCAGAGUAAUGAAGUCACUAGAUGCAUCCAUAUUGCACUCUUGUGUGUUCAAGAUAAUCCAGAAGACCGUCCAAUGUUAUCAACUAUCAUCUUAAUGCUCACUAGCAACACAAUUACUUUACCAGUGCCUCAAUUACCGGGUUUUUAUCAAGAAGCAUGCAUAGGCUAUACCCUCUAUCUGAGGAAUUAGUUGUGUCGAGUGAAUCAGCUAGCAAAAGUUUUCCUCAUUUAGUUCGUAAAAGAUAAUAUAUCUACUCGAUCGUAUGUAAAAGUUGAACACAAAAAGGCCAUAAUUGAUUUAAUCUCUCCACGCACAUAAGAAAGAGAUAAGUAUCUUUUAAUUGUUUUGUAAGUUGUAAUCUGCAUCAUGCUAUGGUAAGUUCUAUAUUAAUGGAGAUCUACAAUGUUG